CCAUUUUAGACCGGAGAUAAAUGGAACAGGCUGAAGCUUGGAUCCCAUCGGUGACAUAUCGAUGAUAUCGACUCACCAUGGCUCCGGGAUCACCUUCGACGCCACGACGCAGGACCAAACGGGUUUCAGCCCAGCACACGCUGGAGCGGGUUCGCAAGAAUCAGCGUCGGCAUCGUGCUCGUCGGAAAGACCAUAUCGCAACGCUGGAACAAAAGCUCGGCGAAGCAGAACAGACUAUUUUGACCCUCAGAGAUCAGGUGGAAACUCUUCAAGCGGCGUUGGCUCGAUGCCGCCGCCAGCCGCAUGACCAAAAUGAGGCGGAUUAUCGUACGCUGCAGCCGCAACAAUCUCAAAGUCAGCAUGACACAUCGCCGCUACCUCUCACCAACACUCAUGGCGAAGCGGUUCAGGCAUACGGUUCGCUCUCUGACACAGAAGAUCUUGGCGCUUGGGAACUGCCCGCCCCGGCUUCUGCCGAGCCAAUGGUUUCCGAUGACCAAUCUGGAUCGGAAGUCAACGCCCUCAUCUCUCCACCCACUGAAAGCCCUCAGGCGCUUAUCCUCAUGGCUCAGUCAUCUGAAUUCAUACCCGAGUCUCUGCUGGUUACUGAAUCUGCGCCAAACCAGGCCGUUGCAGAUGCUAGAAGUUUGCUACCCGCAACAGUCAUACAGGACUAUAUAUUGACCCCAAUGACACCAUGUUGCUCUAAUGAAUCCUCAUCGGUUUCACAACUGCCCGUCAACCCAACAGAUGGAAUGGCCCUCGUUCCGAGUCAGGAGACCCCUCUCCUAAUGCCUGGAUACGUGUUCCAGCCAGUGAUGGAAGCCUACCAUCAAGAAAACCCUUACGGCGAGCUCACAAUGCUUUGCUCAGAGGCAUAUAUUCUCAUCGCACAGCAGACCUUAAGAGGUAUGAACCAGGGAGACGUGGCCACCUGGCUAUGGCAUGGCUUUCGCAGGUCACUUCAACCGGGUGAGGGAUGCCGCGUUAAUACGGAUAUGCUAUUUAGUCUUCUGGCAUUCAUCAGCGACAUCUGAUACGAAGUCCUGACAAGUGUAAUCCCUCAACAUUGACGUGUUGGGGAGAUGCCAUAUUGCACCAUUUUCUGCGGGCACCACAGACUUGCCCAACAAGGCAUAACUUGUAUUAUUUGGUAGCUGAGAUCUAAAUACACCAUCUCUCAGACGCAUUUAAGCCAUAACCUUUACAUCCAUCGCGGCCACUUUAUCCUUCAACUCACCCCCGUUAAUUCGCAUUGAAUAGGGCCAAGCCCGGAGAAAUCCUACCCAUAUGCAGGACUUGAGCCACCGCUUUCGUUAGUAUGUGAGGUGUAAUGGUGCUCUAGAGAUGGGUAAUUUCUCUAAAGAAUAGAUAUUUUAAUGCGUCAUUACUUUACUUCGUUGUAUCACUCUCCUAGUAAGAACUUACAAGGGAGGCAUGUGCUGGUGGGCUUCUGAAGUUUCAGGGGGAUAGCAGAUAAGGAGCUGGGACAACAUGUUGCAAACUCGGCUGAUAUGUUAG